UAGGGGGAGGCAGCUCUGAGCCCCAGCUGGUCGGACUGGUUCUGAGCAGGAAGUCGCCCUCCCUCGCCCGGGGCAGCCAACCAGCCCCAGCUCGGUCCCCAGCGUCUGUCUGCACCGUCCCGGCUGGGAACCUCCCGACACGGGAGCCAAGAGCCCAAGACAGCUCCUCCGGUCCGAAGGAGCCCAGCGCUGCUCUGCGUAGGGAGUCCACUCCGCAGGAAGCGUGAGCUGGGCGCCGGACUCCUUGUGCCAGAGAGAGGGGGUGUUUGAGAGUGCUGGGGGGGGGGCAGAUAAGGGACCAUGUGAUUCACCUGGGCACUGGGCUGGUGCAAGGAGGAGGGACCCAGGGGCAGGUGAGGGGAGGCACAGAGUGGAUACCUGUAGGAGGUGGUUGGAGCCAAAUAGGAGGAAGAGGAGGAGGAGAGUGCUGCUGCUGGGACGAAGCUCCCCAACUCCCCAGAGACAAUGUCUGUUAAGAGGAAGAACUGGUCAGCACUGUCAAGCUUGGCAAGGCAAAGGACAUUGGAGGAUGAGGAAGAACAGGAGCGAGAACGGCGGCGGCGGCACCGAAACCUGAGUUCAACCUCGAGUGAAGAAGCCCCCAAGGUCACCCACAAUGGAGACCAGCCAGCAGUGGAGAGGCUCCCAAGCCUGGGGGAAGCUGAGGCUCCCAAGCGUCAUUCCUUCAUCAAAGAUGAAGAGGAUGAGAAUUUCCAAGAAGUUCUAAGAACGAGGCAGGAACGACGGCUCCGGCGGCAGGCCCUGGAAGCUUCCCAGUCCUCCGUCAAGGAGCACUUAGAGGCAGAGAAGAAAGAAGAUAGCCCAAGCACGGAGUUGGCCACACAGGAGCCCCCAGCGCCCCGGAAGGACAUCGUUCCUCCACCCAGACGAAGAUUGAGCCAGAAGCAGAGGGGACCUUGGGCCAGAGAUGAGAAGGGUUUAGAGGGAGGAGAGACAAAGGAGGUGAAGACAUUGGACCAAAGGACGGUAUCAGACCCAGAAAAAACACCAACCCAGGACCAGAACAGCUCCAGGAGAGAAAAAGAGGUUCAGAGAAGACACCAGGCCAUGACCAGAUAG